GAAAAAAAAAACAAAAACAAAAAUAUUUUUGGACCAACAAGGAAAGCCCAAAUUUUGGUUAAACGUUCAAUUGCUUCGUCGGUCUCCUCUCUUUUAUCUCUCGCGUCUGCUGGAUUCAGAUCUAGAAGAAGGAACUUGGACGAAGAAGAGUAAAACCAUGGCAGCACCAGAUCAUUUGUUCAAUCUCAGAAAUAACUUCUAUUUGGGUGCGUAUCAGGCAGCCAUUAACAACAGUGAUCUCCCCAAUCUCUCCCCCGAUGACGCAAUCGAGAGGGAUUCCAUUGUUUUCCGCUCUUACAUUGCCCUUGGCAGUUAUCAGCUAGCGAUCAGCGAGAUCGAUUCAUCCGCCCCGACGCCUCUUCAAGCCGUCAAAUUGCUCGCUCUGUAUCUGUCUGAUCCCAGCAACAAGGAAUCUACCAUCGCGAGUCUACAGGAAUGGCUAUCAGAUCCAGCCAUUGGAAACAAUCCUACUUUGAGGCUAAUUGCCGGAAUCAUAUUCAUGCAUGAGCAAGAUUAUAAUGAAGCCUUGAAACACACAAAUGCUGGAGGAACCAUGGAAUUGCAUGCGCUGAAUGUUCAAAUAUUUCUUAAGAUGCACAGGUCAGAUUAUGCAGAGAGACAGCUGCGAGUCAUGCAACAGAUUGAUGAGGAUCACACAUUAACACAACUUGCAAAUGCUUGGUUAAAUCUAGCAGUGGGUGGUUCCAAGAUACAAGAAGCAUAUCUCAUCUUCCAAGAUUUCUCCGAAAAGUAUCCCAUGACAAGCUUGAUUUUGAAUGGAAGGGCAGUCUGCUGCAUGCAUAUGGGAAACUUUGAUGAAGCCGAGACACUUCUUCUUGAAGCACUGAACAAGGAUGCAAAAGAUCCCGAAACUCUGGCCAAUUUAGUUGUAUGCAAUCUUCACCUUGGCAAACCAACUUCUCGUUUUCUCAGCCAAUUGAAACUUUCGCAUCCCGACCACAUGCUUGUCAAACGCAUCUCGACUGCUGAAGAAAACUUUGAUAGAGCUGUUCAAUCUGUUGCUUAGAGAACCCCUUGCUGCCUUCGAAAGAUGAUGAAUGAUGUUUACUAGUGUUAAACGACAGUUGGUCUUCAACCUGUGGCCGUUCACUGCCAAGGGGCUGUUGAUUUUGCUCAAGUUAUUUGGCUAUUGAAUAUCAAAUCGAACCAAAUGUUUGACAUUAGAAAUUAUAACGCAUAAUUCUGGUCAUUUUUUGUACUGAGCUUCCUGGAUGGUGAUCCAUACUUAUUCUUUACCAUUUUCAUUUGUUUAAGCCUUUGGUUAAAGACGAUGGCCUUUCAAUUUUCACUGUUUAAUAUUAUAGUAUUAUACCACAA